CCAACCGCCAAAACAAAAAUCAGUUAAUUUUUUGUUGAUGGUCUACUCGAAGGUUAAAAUUCGUUAAUACUCUGUAAAUUUCGAUUAAUAUUUAUCCCAAGAAAGAUGAUGAAAGUAAAUGAGAAACGUGUAAAUUUGAAGACAGCAUCCAAAGACCAAGAAAGUACAAAUACCAGAAAAAAAUUCCAUGAUCUUCAACAGCAUGGAACAGAUAAAGAGAAUUUAGUUGGAAGACCCAGAACUGACUUAAAAGCAAAGAAUGACAAAUUGGUAAGAAAAUGCAAGAAGAUGACAACAAACAAAUCUGUUCAAGUUGAAGAAGCUGUUGCUGUGACUGCUGAAGAUUUAACAUUGGAGGAGACCAAUGAGAAUUACUGGCGGCUCUUGGCAGAGAAGAGGGGAGAAGCCCUCGAUGACAGUUUCAAGGAGAUUGAAUCCUUGAAAGAUGAAGUAGAAACUCUCAAGGAUGAGAACAAGACUUGCAAGGAGAUGCUGAAUGAAUCUAAAAUUCUGGUUGAAGUGUUGCAGGAAAUGAUUGAAGAGGGCGAGAAUAGUGAAAAUGAAGAAGCAGAAGAGACAUGAGCGAUAAACUGCACAUACAUUGAAACCAAAGUAUUUGUUCCGACUGAAUUUAUAUUUUUCUAUAUAUGAUGUAGUUGUUUUUCUAAUAUUAAUAUUAAAGUAAUAUAAAAA